AUGACAAAUCAAAAUUUGACAAGUGUAUUUUGCAAUGAUCCAGUUCGUAAAUACUACAGUUUUAAAUCAUUAUUGUAAAAUAUAAGCUUUCUAUAGCAAUAAUAAUUAAUUUAAACGAAAAUGGAGGAUAUGGCGAGGCUAGCUGUGAUAGAACAAAGUGUUCGAGACGUAGAUAAGUUUAAUAAAAUUCUGUAUGAACUUCUGCAAUAUAUUAGUCAUGUUUUAGAAAAUCCUCACGAUAAUGAACUGAGAACAAUAAAGAGUGAGUUUCUAAAAGAUGUGCUUAAGUGUGACGCUUUCAAAGAGUACUUGAAAUAUGUCGGAUUUAGGCCGGAAGGAACAGAAGUGAUUUACCCGAAGGAGCAGACCUUAAAUAACUUGAGGAUGGCACAGGCAUCGAUAGAGAGGAAGAUAUGUUUCUGCUACGGACCUGUGAACAGGCAGAAGAGAGUCAAGUUUAGUCAGAAGAAGAAUGCUUUAAGGCCGGCUAAGAUACUGACAACAAACAACAGUCUCCUAUUAAAGAUAGAGAGGUUGUUCAACGACGUCCUAGAGUAUGAGGAUGAGGAUCUGCAGGAGUACGCGCGGGAACAGAUACCCAUUGUCACACUCCAGCUGUUGGCGCUGGAGCGGGUCCGAGAGAACCAGAAGUUGAUUAAAACUGGUGAACACAAAGGGCCGGACCUGCCGUUCGACAUAGCUCUGAUAAUGGAGCUGAUGAGCUGGUUCAAGUACAAGUUCUUCAAGUGGGUGGACCAGCCGUCCUGCGAGGGGUGCGGGGGACACACGUCCUUCAGCAACAUGCUUACCGUCACCACUGAUAAGGAGACUUGUAGGAUGGAGGUGUACAACUGCGGGUCGUGUCCAGUGGGCGCGAAGUUCGUGCGGUACAACGACCCGCGCACGCUGCUACACACGCGGCGCGGGCGCUGCGGCGAGUGGGCCAACUGCUUCGCGUUGUUAGCGCGGGCGCUCGGGUACGAUACACGCCUCGUGUACGACACCACCGACCAUGUCUGGUGCGAGAUAUUCGACUUUGACUCGAACACAUGGCUUCACGCGGACCCGUGCGAGGCCAAACUGAACGCGCCCCUCCUCUACUCGCACGGGUGGGGGAAGAAGCUGUGCUACGUCAUAGCGGUGUCUAGGGACGAUGUACAAGAUGUCACCUGGAGAUACACCAACGAUCACAAAGCUGUGCUAUCCCGCCGCAAGGAGUGUACGGAGGCGGAGUUGUUGUCGUGUAUCCUGGCCCUGCGGGACCACAGGCAGCGACAGGUGUCGGAGCCGCGCAGACGGUACCUCGCCAAACGGACGCUGCAGGAACUCGUCACCCUUAUGGUGGAGAAAAAACCAACAGACUACGAGUCCCACGGAAGAAUAUCAGGCUCGAAACAGUGGCGCAGUGACCGAGGGGAGCUCGGCUCGCAGUCGCAGGGACACAGCUUCGAGUUCACGGAGCCCGGCGCCGCCGCAGUGCACUACCACGCCGCUACCGACUGCUACCGGGUGCUACUGGAUGGAGAGGAAAUACAGAGCCUGCCUAGCUGGUCUGCUGGAGUCUACGAGUAUAAGAAUAUCUUUAGGAAAGUUGAACAUGAUUGGAAGAAAGUUUAUUUGGCUAGAGAAGAGGGCGAGGCAGUAGGGCACGUGUCGUGGCGCGUGUCGGCGGGGGCGGGGCUGCAGCUGGGCGAGCUGCGCCUGCGCAUGGCCACGCAACUCUACAGUAGCGGACAGCUCACGUGGACGCUGCAGUACGACGACUUGCCGCCUGUACCCGCUAGCUUCGACACUGAGGAUAUACAGCGAGGCGUCACACUGGACCGGUCGUGUCGGUCGUUAAUACUUCGCGUGGAACUAUCAGGCGGCGAGGGCGACGUCGCCUGGCAACACGCGCAACUCUGCAGGCAGCCGCUAGAUGGCGCCCCGCCCGCACUGCAACUCAGCGCUGUAGUCAAACGAACCUAGCAAUAUUAGUCUUAAAUAUAAUGCUUUGCAAAUAUCAACCUUAUUGCUUGAACUGAAGCAUCACUUUGUCAUCACAAUUUGAACCUUAUUGCCUUAAGAAGUGAGGGAUUUUCGUCUGACGGAAUUGACUGCAUUAUAGCGUAACGGCCAAAAUAUUAUUAUCAUCCAAAAUGUCUGAAUUGAUCUAAGUUUAGGCCCUGACCGCACUACAGCGGAACCGCGGCGGUUUUUAAACGCAUAAUUUUGUGAAAGCGACCGCAAUGCGGUUUUGUCCCAGAAUGUAAUAUAAUGUUGAAUGAAUUUAAUACAUUUUCUUAGGGAACUUACUAUCAGUUCCCUAAAAAAAUAUAUGUAAACGCCGUAGUUCAGCCCUAGUGCAGGAAUUUACAACUACCACUAAUGGCAGACUGCCUCGUUGGCCGAGUGGUUGCAAGUGCGACUGCCGGGCAAGGGGUCUCGGGUUCGAUUCCCGGGUCGGGCGAAGUAUUGGGCUUUUUUCGGUUUUUCGAAAAUUUCUCAGUGGUAGCACGGAGUCUGGAAAUGUGCCCGGUAUAUGGCAAUAGGCUCACCCCCUAUUACAUGGGACUUACAACAUAAAUUGUGAAAAAGUGGGUGUACACAGUGGCAUUACGUGCCAUAAUGUGCACCUCUGCCUACCCCUUCGGGGAUUAAAGGCGUGACGAUAUGUAUGUAUGUAUGUACUAAUGUCAGAAUUAUUUAAAAUCUUUUAAUUAAUAACCUAUUAUUUGCCUGCUUUGCAAAAAAGAACUCUGUGAUGCAGUUGAUUCAAGUUCUAUAAUCGUUAUCUAUACUAAUAUUAUAAAGCUGAAGAGUUUGUUUGAUUGUUUGUUUGUUUGUUUGUUUGUUUGAACGCGCUAAUCUCCGGAACUACUGGUCCGAUUUGAAUAAUUCUUUUUGUGUUGGAUAGUCCAUUUAUCGAGGAAGGUUAUAGGCUAUAAAACAUCACGCUAUAACUAUAAGGAGCGAAGAAAUAAAGGAAAAUGUGGACAAAACGGGGGAAAUUAUUAAUUCUUGAGGGCUUCCGUUGCGUGCGCUGCGAAAAUGGUUCAAGAUACGAAAAUUAUAUGUAUGAAAGAAUUAUUCCUCUUAAAAUGAUCUAAAAAAGUCCGCGACAGUAUAUGUCUAUCUUUUAGGAUUAACUUACUAGAAUCGUUUUUAUGGUAAUCAAACUGGGUCGAAAUUAAUGCAUUAUUUGUUAAGAGUUGUAUUAACGAAAAAAUAUUAAUCUUUAUCGAAAUAAAUGUGUUGUUCAUUAAGAGUA